UACCCGAACAUCCGCCUCGCUCUUUUUCUCUCUCUCUCUCUCUCUCUCUACGCCCGAAGACCCCCCCGGCAACGCUCUUCUGUCUUCACCGUCCGCAACACUCCCGGCAGCGCAUUCUUUGCCGUUCGCAUAUCUCGAUGGAACUCCGGCAGCCGCGCUUUCAGCAGGAUUACAUUGGAUCUGGGCAUGUGAAAAUAGCACCGGAAGUUUAUGACGCUCUUGCACGUGGGAAAGCUGUUGUUGCUCUCGAGUCUACGAUAAUCUCUCAUGGCAUGCCUUAUCCACAAAAUUUUCGGACUGCAAAAGAGGUGGAGGCUAUUGUGCGAGACAAUGGAGCAAUUCCUGCAACUAUUGCCAUCUUAGAUGGCACUCCAUAUAUCGGCCUAAACGAUGAACAACUGGAGAGGUUGGCAGUUCUUGGAAGAAAAGUACGGAAGACAGCUCGCAGGGAUAUUGCAUAUGUAGUUGCUGCUGGUGGCAAUGGUGCAACAACUGUUUCUGCAUCUAUGUUUUUUGCUGCUAAGGUUGGUAUACCAGUUUUUGUUACCGGUGGAAUUGGAGGAGUGCAUAGACAUGGGGAACAAACUCUAGACAUUUCAUCCGAUCUUACCGAACUUGGAAAGACUCCGGUAGCAGUUAUCUCAGCUGGUGUAAAGUCAAUUUUGGAUAUUCCUCGAACCCUUGAAUAUUUGGAAACUCAUGGGGUCACAGUUGCUACUUAUAAAGCAGACGAAUUUCCUGCGUUUUUCACUGAAUCUAGUGGAUGCAAGGUGCCUUGUCGUCUAGAUAAUCCGGAGGACAGUGCUAAGCUCAUAAAUGCAAACUUGAACUUAAAACUUGGAUCUGGAAUUCUAAUUGCAGUGCCAAUUCCUAAAGAGUAUUCGGCUUCAGGAAAUAUCAUAGAGUCUGCAAUACAAAAGGCAGUUCAGGAAGCAAUGGAAAAUAAUGUAGCAGGCAAUGCAGCCACCCCAUUCUUACUUGCCCGAGUGAAUGAGCUGACUGGAGGUGCAUCUUUAACGGCCAAUAUUGCACUUGUGAAGAACAAUGCUCUCGUGGGUGCAAAAAUUGCGGUGGCGCUUGCUCACCUUAGACAAAGUACAAAUAACAGUUUUGCAAGGUCAGCAUUGUAGAGUGCACUAUGCGGACUACAUGUUGUACAGUUUAGAUUUAUUCUUAAAUCUUAAUCCUUUAAUUUAAGUGUAUUUAAACUGUGUGCCAGAAAAAUGUGUUCAGAUCUGAAAAUUUUUGUUGCAGUAUUUGUGCAGCAGAUGAUUCCAUGUAAUUUAUUUUUCUUUAUUUCUUGGACUUUUUUAAUGAAAGUUUAGCAUGAUCAAGUAACUGGCUAAAUUAUUCAUA